UUGUAAUACUGAGGCACUGAGUGGCUGCAGCUUCAACUCAAAAUAUCGCUCAACAGCAGGGCAGACCAUAUAUUCUUUUUUUAUAACAUGCAUACAGCAGAACCAGAAUGUUCAGCUCUAUAGAUGUACUGUAGCUUUCGUCUUCUACAAGAACCUCGAACCAAAUCUCUGUUGAAACGGCUCCUAUACCAGGUGGACUCCCUGGUUCAAGAAAGCAGCUCCCCUUUCCAACCACCAUGUGGAGAGGAAUGAGUGGUACCUGUAUCCAGUUAGUCUUGCCAGCAAUAUUCACGUUCUGUUUUAAAAGACUGAAGUUUUCCUGAGUAGAAUUCUGAACGCAGCUUAAAAUGUCCUUCAAAGAUCUGACAGCCAGAGCGGUCUUGUUGUAUGAUGAAUGGCUUAAAGAUGCAGAUCCCAGGGUUGAAGACUGGCCAUUAAUGUCCUCUCCACUCCCACAAACAGUUAUCCUUGGAGCCUACAUCUACUUUGUAACACAUUUUGGGCCAAAACUAAUGGAGAACAGGAAACCACUGAAUUUGAAGCGAGCAAUGAUUGUGUACAAUUUUUCUAUUGUGACCUUUUCAAUUUAUAUGUGUUAUGAAUUCCUUAUGUCUGGCUGGGCCACUGGAUAUUCAUUCCGUUGUGACAUUGUUGAUUACUCCAGGUCACCUCAAGCCCUCAGGAUGGCCUGGACUUGCUGGCUGUUUUACAUUUCAAAGUUUAUUGAAUUAUCAGACACUAUUUUCUUUGUGCUUCGAAAGAAGAACAGCCAAGUAACAUUUCUUCAUGUCUAUCACCACACCAUCAUGUCUUUCACAUGGUGGUUUGGAGUCAAAUUUGCUCCAGGUGGUCUAGGAACAUUUCAUGCUCUUGUAAACUGUAUUGUGCAUAUAAUCAUGUAUACGUACUAUGGUUUAUCUGCACUGGGGCCAUCUUACCAGAAGUAUUUAUGGUGGAAGAAGUACAUGACCACAAUUCAAUUAGUGCAGUUUGUGGUGAUUACUGUCCAUAUCGGGCAGUUCUUCUUCAUGAAAAAUUGCCAGUACCAGUAUCCAGUUUUCCUGUACAUAAUAUGGCUUUAUGGAGUUAGCUUUAUGGUUUUAUUUCUCAACUUCUGGUACUAUGCAUAUACAAAAGGGCAACGAUUGCCAAAGAAUGCUGUGAGCAAGUUGAAGGAGCAGUAAAACAUAGCAAGAACUGGAAGAUACUUGGUUGAUAAUUGAACUUUAGACAAGAAAGAACAUGUAUGACACAAUGUUGGACACCUGUUUACGAUUCUCUGAAAUUGAUUUGAGGCAUGCUACUGUGUAACUGCUAAAUUUGUGAAAUAUAUCAAAUCUGUUCAGAACCUGUUGCCAACUUAGUAAACUUUAACCUUUGUCCUGUUAACAUUUUGUGAUUGGUUCAGCUAAUGACACGUGCUUCUGUCCUUGCCCCUUCUGUCUUUUCUAUUUGUGGAAAAUGAUGUAAGCAAGCCACGUUAUGCUAUGAGUCUGGCCUUGAUGCUGUGCAGAGUUUUGAUUGUGAAUUGCAGCAGUGCAGUAUUAUGCUGCUGCUCAUGUUGUGGAAGCACUGAUACAGUUAGACAAUAUGAUCUUUUACUGUAGCCAUGCAGUGCAAAGCAACGUGAUUAGUAUGAAACCCUUCUCAUUCUUGUUUCACGUGCUUAAACAGGAACGGGAACAGGAACUGGCAGGCCAGGUUCCUAUUUUGAAAUAUCUCUUGUGUCCUGUUUAAUUACAAAUUCAAAGCAGUAGCAUGUUGGCUAAAUCUGUUUCAAUGCACAUGGUUUAUCUGUUGUUCCCUGUUUAGGUCAAAUGAAUAACAUAUAACUGUUCCAAUCAUGAUGCUGGCUGCUCAUUUUUAAGAGGAGUGAAUUUACUACCUUGCACUUUUCUGUAAAAUUCUUGGGCUUUGUGACAGUUUUUCCUUACAAGAAUGUAGUUUAGCCAGCUUUCUUUUAAAAUCAAAACAUAUCUGUAGUAAACAGCUGGUGAGCCAUGUUCUGGAAAUAGUUAAUUGUGGGAAUGCCAAACUCAAUGGAAUCAAUCAUUUUAUAGCUAUCUUCAUUUGUUGGAAAUAGUUCUGCCUUCAAAGGUGUUUUUUUUUUUAAAACUUGCAAUAAAGAUUUUUUUAAAGGUUUCCUCUUUCUCCACCUUUCUGGUGAUGCUUGCAGGUGAGUUUUGCUGUAGGUUAUGUGAAAGACAGAAGAUGGUAUUUAAGGAUAUUAGUAGAAAGUAGUCGAAAUUUAAAUGCGCUUUAUUUUUGAAAUUUCAGGGAUAUCGUAGUUUUUAAAAUGUAAACUUUCAAUUUUGAGGUGAUUUAGCUUGAGAUAGUUAAGCAAAUAUUUGCUUAACAAUUCAAGGAGUAUCUGGAUAUUUCUAUUUUUUCACAAGCGGCUGCAGAUUUUUUCAAAAUUAUCCAUUCUGUACAUGAAACACCUUUUCAGUAAUUGUUUUUCUACACAAUGUCCAAAAGCGUGUCUCUCUGUGUUCCUUCCUUUUUCAGAUGCUCCUUGGCUAUUGUUUGAAUAAACAUUUUAGUACAAGUGACUGGUUACUUUUAUUCCAGACAAGAGAACAGUGAGCACAUCUCUGUCCUUUUUGUAGCAAAAAUGAUUGGAUAAUUUUGUCACUCAAAUAUUGAAAUUUUUCACUAAAGUUCAGAAUGUGCUAUAACACACUUUCUUUGCAUUUUAAAUGCACAGUAAGGUCACCUCUCCUGUGGGAGCUGUUUUAGAUCCCAGGGGGAGGAUCAAAAAUGCCUUUUCUACAUAUAGUGGCCAAAUUGGAAAUUUAUUAAUGAAAACAUUGGUAGAACCACAAACUGAAAAUUCCACAGACUUAGUACUAAAUGGUGACAUUUGAAGAGAAUGGGACAUGGAGAUGUUACUGUUCUAAUAACGGGCUGCCUUAAAAUUUGGAUCAAAUGAAAUGUAUUUCAAGCAGCCUCUGUGUAUUUGUGCUUACUGAUCCAGCACUGUAACUGAUUUGUGUUUUCGAAAUGUGCCAAUGGCGAAGAAAGUUUGCAAAAUGUAUUCCCAACUGACUACAGUAUUCCUAAGUUAGCUUUGUUCUUUAUAGACACUUUGAGCUAUUACGUAGCAUGCUAUAGUUCUGUUUUCAGAGGAGUUGAAUACAGUAUCCAACACAAGUAUUUCAAAAAAACUGGAGUUGAUUUGUUUUAAUAAUCACAUGUUGAAAUUCACAAUAUAAGCACUGGUGUAUUAAUGUGACCUUGAAAAAUGAAGCAUUUCAAAUUUACUUGGUUUAGGUUUGCUUGACCAUUUCUAAACUUAAGUACUUGUUAUCGUUCAAGUUAAUAAACUUGAUUUAAAAUUGUAGGGCAUUACAAAAAAGUAUGAAGCCAUUGGUGGAAAACAAUUGAAGUACAGUAAAAUGUUAAAGAGAACAAAUGAUGGGUCUGGAAAAGUGUACCUUGAUGUUUAUCAGACUGUGUACUCAGUCGCCAUAGCAAAAGAUUGCAUUGUAUCCAAAUUUUAGCAAGUGUUUCUAAAUGAACGGAUGUCUUUUGUAAGUGGUAUUAUUUGCAAAUGUAUUUUAAAAUGAUUUCUAUAU